GAAUGGCGGGAGAAAUCACAUGACAACCACCUGAAAAACAAGGGGGGGCUACCUCACACACAGGACACUCUGAAGGAGUCCCGGGUCCGGGGGCACCUGCACGUAGGGCUACCCCCGAGAAGUGGCUCCGCGCCCAGGCAGAGGCCCCGUUGUGGUGUCCCAGACUCCCCAGUGCACAGAGGGCAACGGCGGCAAAGGCGAUUUGUGCUCACUGGGAAGAAAUGGCCGAAGAAUGACCUCACCUACAAGAUAGUGAAUUUCCCGAGCCAUUUAAGCCAGGAGAAGGUGCAUUUGGUCAUGAAGGAGGCGCAGCAGAUGUGGAGCAAAGUCAGCCAGCUCACCAUAACCGAGGUCAACGAUGGACAUUCUGACAUCACCAUCGACUUCCUUAGGUGACUGGGGGGUUGUGCUUAGGCCCAGGGGUGAACGAUCGAGUAGAGCGCAACAGUGUUGAAAAUGAGACCUGAAACUCCUAUAAGUCAACUGAUAGAGACUUGUGCUGAUAAAUCAGAGCGUGCGGGAGCGGGUUUAAAUCUCAUGAAACACAUAAAUUGUCUUUCUACUGGAAGCCUUCGGAGCAGUGUGUGGCUUAGCAGGCUAAGCCUCUGCUCCAAAGGUAAUGGGUUUAAACCCAGCAUUGGCAGAACAGUCACACGUUCAUGGGUUCCUUCAGCACCACCCUAUUCUAUUCAUCUGUGUUUCACAGUGCGGUCCUUGGGGGCUGCACAUGGUCUACCAGACAGUCCACAUUUUUGCCCCCUUCCAGCUCCCUGCUGGGGGCUGAGGAGGAGCAAAACGUGGACUCUCUGCGGCUCCAUGAGGACCAGAUUGUGAAACACUGCCAUUCAUGAUUGUGGCAGAAACACCACACAAUGUGAAAAUGUUAACUUGUUUUGUCCCAACUAGUGACAGGUGGGAACCCAUCAUAGGGCAGACACAGAGCAAUCAAGCCCCAAACUGAAGGGUUUUAGGUUGUCAGGGAGGACUCAGAGGAACACAGAUACAACCUGCAAACUCCAUAUACAGAGACCGGCGUAAGAAUUAUACAAACAACCCAGAAGGCUUGAGGCCACAGCCCUCAUAAGCCAAGCACCAUGGGAUUCAAAAUAUGUUAAUGUGCUUUCCGGUUUAUUUCAUGCUUAACUGGUACUCAUUUUUCCCAGUCCUGGGAGCAAACUAUGGCUCAUCCGGGGCACUCCCAAGUCAAUAGGGACUCAUCUAGGACAUCCCCAGUGAAUUGUUUUGGGUACUUCCAAGUCAAUAGGGACUCGGAGGGUUUUGAAAAUCACUGCACGAUGUGUUCAACACGUACAUUGUACUGUCAUGCAUUGUGUCACCUGUCAUUACCUGCAUGCGGGCCUCAACUAUCAUGCCCUUAGCAAAACCGCAACUCAAUUUCUGCAGAAGUGUUAUCAUCUUGGGAGGCUGCUGGUUAACUUAUCGCCAGAAGCACGUUGCAACAGGCCACAGCCUGAAACAUGACAUAAUACAACAAAAAUACAGUGGUACCUCAGAACUUGAACUUAAUCCAUUCAG